AUGUCGGGGCUGCGGGCGGGCCCGGGCGGGCAGAACCGCCCCCCGCUCCAGAGGCUCCUGAUGCUCGCGGGGCGCGGGGCCGCGGAGGCCGCCGAUUACCACAGAGAAUUGUUUGAGAAGGCACUGGAAGACCACGCAGGAGAACCAGUCUCAGGUUUGCUGCUUCUCUACUCCGGACGGAUUUGUCACGUGGUGGAGUCUUGCAGCAGCAUCAUCCACUUCAUCAUCCGAGACUACGCUUCUCUCCAAAACCAAGGCCAGAGUGCUUUACUCCAGGACAUUAAAGUGUUGGUGGUGGCACACAACAUCCCCACCAGGCUGUUCCCACUCUGGAAAGUGGCCGCAGCAACAUCUCCCGAGCCACAUCCGCAGGGCUCGGCGCAGCGGCAGCCUACGGCAGAGCUGGUGUCAGAGUGCCUUGCAUUCCUCCUCCGAGCAGCAGCCAGCGUUCACAACUUCCAGGGCAACAGUGAGGACACGAGCGAGAGCGUACCCACUCUUGACCCUGAGCUGCUGGUCCCAGCCGACACAAUCGAUUCUCUGCAUCGCGCUGAAGAGUGUCUGAGUCCAGAAGAUUUUCUGAGGAUGUAUUUAAGCCCUCUACAACCUGCUCUGGAUUCAGAAACUGUAUGGCCUGUUCCCUCCCGUUUCCCUGUAUGAUAUGGGCUGUAUCCAGUGUCCCUCUCCGCAGCUGGACCCAUCCAAG